AUGUCAGCCGAACAGUACGGCUUCAAUCUCCUAGCAGCGGUGCAUGAGGAAAGUCUAGAGCAGCCUUGUCAAUUUACCAUCAAUAAAGCGUCGUCUGAUUGUUAUGAUCAGCUUCUGGCAGACGUGAGACAUAUAAUUGGUCCACAGGAAAAGUCAGUUCUGGGGAUCCCGCAGCUGGAUAAGCUCCUGGAAAGCUUCCGGUACCCAGAUGAACCAGCACCUCGACGCCCGGAGUGGGUGUCCUCAGGAGCACCGAGCCUAGAGUACCAUGCAGACCAAGAAGAGUACGGUUAUGCGGAAGUGCUCAACGCGGAGACCGAGAGAUCAGAGACGCACUUGACGAAGAGUAAACCAGCCAUCAUCGAAUUCACCAGCCAACAAUCAGCCUCGGGAAAAACAAAUCUGCUCUACUACUUGGCUACACACGCGACUCUCCUUCGCGAGGAGGGUGGAAAACAAUCAGCCGUCGUAUGGAUCGACAAUGACGGACGCUUUUCUGCCUCUCGCCUGUCGCAAGUCCUUCACAAUCAUCUCCAAACGAGCUCUAAGACAGACAGCACGAACGAACCUGACGAAGAAGCCACCCGCUCAAAGGCCAUUGACGCUCUAACUCACAUCCACGUCUUCCGACCAUACUCUUCAUCCCAGGUGCUGUCUAUCCUAGAAUCGCUAGCGAGCUAUCUCCUCGACCAAACACGACAUAGAUCCUUCCACCGCCCAUUGGGGCUUCUGAUCAUCGACUCGGCAACCGCCUUCCACGCACAAGAUCGCUUUGAUGCAGACAUGGCACGCUUGGACGCUCCUCUCCUGCAGCAGCACUCAACUGGACACCCUGCCCCGUCAAAGACAGCCACGAUAAUCUCUCGCCUGAGGGAGAUACAGACCCGCUUUGAAUGUGCCGUACUAUUCACCACCACCACCACCACCACCACUCCCAAAACUAACAAUAGCGGCGCGCUGCCAAACCAGCCGCCUCAAGAGCCAUCAUCAAAGUCACGACCAGCUGCAGCUCCAAUCCACCCUCCAACGCCAAUCAUAAGCCCAUGGACGAGCUUCGCGGCGGUGACGCUGCAGCUCGAGCGCGUGCGCGUGCCCCAGUUUGUGCCGCAGAUGACCCUCGACCAGUGUGUACACGAUGCCGAGAGGAGGUUGGAGGUUGUGAGUCGAGGUAGAUUUCUGGUGAGUGUGGCUCCAAAGACGUUGGAUGUCAGGGCCAGGGAGAAGGCGAAAGUGGUGGGAAAUGUUGUCUUGAGGAUUACUGAGGAUGGGGUUGCCGUGGAAUAA